UCUAAUUCUUUCACGCUACAAUGGCGACGGAGUACGAGCGAAAAAGACUGGAGAACAUUAGACGGAACGAUGAGAUGAUGGUGGCUCUCAAUGUCCGCGCCAAAGCCUCUCUUCUCUCCGCCGCAACCAAACGCCCUCGAGACGAAUCUAAAUCAUUUCAGAAGAAGAAGAAGAAGCCGACCAAAUCCGAAACGCCCAUUGUUAUUCGGAAGUCUCUGCGCACCAGAGGCUUGAAUCCUGAUUCCGGUGGCUUACCCGAUGGGUUUUCAGAUUAUCCCAAUCGUAUGGCUCCUCCUCCUCCUCCUGACAAGUCAUCGUCUCGUCUAUUGGCUCCUCUGCCCUUCGAUGCGGCUUAUGGUGGAGACGAUUCUCAUAAGAAUUUCGUUGAGACUAUUUUGGGUAUUGCGAGAAAGUCGAUGGUUAAUGGAGAGAUUGGAACGGUUAAGGUCUCUAAGGAUGAUCCUCCUUUGGUUCCUAGACAUUGUGGCACUAGGAGUUCUUCUCGCCUCUCUAAUGCCUCUGUCAAAAAGGAAGAGCCAGUUUUUGCGAUUAAGUCUUGUGGAGGAAAAUUGGUUAAAGGAGAAACUGGAUCGGUUAAGGAUGAGAAUGAGUCUCCUAUGGUGAACACUAGGAGUUCUGCUCGCUUAUCUAAUGUUGUUGCCAAAAAGGAAGAGCCAGAUUCAUCUAUCGACUAUGUGAAGAAGGAAGUUUUUGAAGUUGGUUUUCCAGUGAAGCCCGAGGAAAUUGAGUUUGGGGGUGGUUUUGAUACGGGAUCGCUUAGUUUAGAACCGCAUAACGUAGCACGUGUUGUGCCUGGGAGGAUUUUGGUUGUAAAGUUCUUACCUUGCGAGAAUGUGAAGCUGAUUGCUGCAGGGGACAAACUUGGGCAUGUUGGGUUUUGGAAUUUGGAUUGCCAGGAUGAGGAAGAUGAUGGGAUUUAUCUUUUCCAUCCUCAUAGCGCCCCAGUUUCAUCUCUUGUCUUUCAACAAAACUCUUUCUCAAAGGUUAUUAGCAGCAGCUAUGAUGGUCUUAUCCGGUUGAUGGAUGUUGAAAAGUUGGUUUUUGAUCUGGUUCAUACGAGCGAUGAUGCUAUAUUUUCCCUCUCGCAGAGACCAAAUGAUGAGCAAAGCUUAUACUUUUGUGAGGGAUAUGGAAUGUUGAAUAUAUGGGACCUCCGAGCAGGAAAGUCAUUGUUCCAGUGGGAUUUGCAUGACCACAGGAUCAAUUCUAUAGACUUCAACCCGCAGAAUCCCCAUGUCAUGGCUACAAGUUCCACAGAUGGGACUGCUUGCCUUUGGGACCUGAGAAGCAUGGGAGCCAAAAAACCAAAAACAUUGACGACUGUGAAUCAUGCUAGGGCUGUUCACUCUGCUUAUUUUUCACCUUCUGGCCUUUCACUUGCAACGACGAGCGUUGACAACCAUCUUGGUAUUCUAAGCGGCGCCAAUUUUGAGGAUACUUCCAUGAUAUAUCACGAUAAUAUUACCAAUAGGUGGAUCUCCACUUUCAGGGGAGUAUGGGGGUGGGAUGAUUCAUAUGUCUUUGUUGCCAAUCGGUCAAAAGGAAUUGAUGUAAUAUCUCCAAAACUAAAGCGUACGGUGAAGGAAUUGCAAAACCCUCUUAUGAGAGCUAUUCCAUGCAGAAUCCAUUGUCAUCCUCUGAAUGUUGGGAUGCUUGCAGGAGCCACCGCUGGAGGGCAAGUGUAUGUUUGGACAACAAAGUAGAGGAUUUAUGUUUUUUUUUUUGUUGUUUUUUUGGCUUAGAGAAAUGUAUUUGUUUGGAAAUGAUUUUUUUUUUUAU